AUGAUGAGGACGUUCAAAGGAUUAAGAUUCGGGCUGAUGGUGGGCAUCGGAGGCGGCAUACCUAAUCUUGAUAAAGGCUACGACAUCCGGCUGGGAGAUGUAGUGGUGAGCCAGCCGACAGACACGACGGGCGGAGUGGUUCAGUACGACAAAGGCAAAAGCCUGGACGGAGGGAAGUUUCAACUAAAAGGGUCUCUCAAUGCACCGCCGUUAGCGCUCCUCACCGCGUUAGGUGCUUUGCAGGCAGACCAUGAGUCAGAGGACAGCAAGGUGCCUACCUACCUCAGCGAGAUGUUUGAACGCAAACCCAAGUUGCAGAUAAACGGCUACACUUUUCCAGGCACGGACAGGGAUCGUCUGUACUGCCAUCAUCCGACAAGCAAUGCUAUUUGCGAUCAUUGUGAUAGUGCCUGCGAAGUGUAUCGUCCGAGUCGUGAGAAUACCGAUCCGCAAGUCCACUACGGAAUCAUCGCAUCAGGGAAUCAGGUGGUCAAAGAUGCUGUCGUGAGGGACCUUUUGCGCGACGAUUGCGGCGCCCUAUGUGUUGAGAUGGAAGCAGCAGGGCUCAUGAAUUCUUUUCCGUGUAUCAUUAUUCGAGGUAUCUGCGACUAUGCUGAUGCUUAUAAGAGUGGUUUAUGGCAAAAAUAUGCGGCGACCACUGCGGCAGCAUAUACAAAAGAGCUUUUAUUAUAUGUAUCAGCAGCGCAGACCUCGAGUGAGAAGCCAAUUGACCAAGUCCUAGAUAUAGUAAAAGAACAUGUUCAAGCGGUAAGCGAUUAUUACCGCAAGCAAGAGAUACGAUAUCAGAACGACCAAGACCGGAAAUGCCACAUCACUUUUAAGAUAGACAAUUAUGAGCAGCAGAAGGACAUCAACAUUGAUCGGACUGCCGAUACAUGUCAGUGGGUCUUUAGGAAUGAGAAAUAUAUUGAAUGGCAUCAAAGCAGCACCGACAGCCUCCUAUGGAUAUCAGCCGAUCCAGGCUGUGGAAAGUCAGUUCUCUCGAAAUCUUUAGUCGAUCACGAGCUUCAAAACACUACAACGCAUACGGUAUGUUACUUCUUUUUCAAGGACAACGAGCGACAGGAUAAAUUAAACAUUGCGUUGUGCGCUCUGCUCCAUCAACUCUUUGAUCGCCAGCGUCAUCUUCUUCGCUACGCCACUCCCGCCUAUGAGAAAAACGGUGAUAAGCUGAGGCAAGAAGAGAGCGAACUGUGGCGGAUACUUCUCGCGGCGACCGCUGACCCUAAGGCGCCCAAUGUGACCUGUAUUCUCGAUGCGCUAGAUGAGUGUCAAGACGAUGACCGGUGGCGACUUAUCAAUAUGCUGUCCCAAUUUCACAUAAACUCAUCGUCGUCUCAUCGGCGGAACAACUGGUUAAAGUUCAUAGUUACGAGUCGACCGUAUGAUGAUAUCCAGCAAACAUUCCAAAAAACAAUAUCAUCCCUGCCGGCAAUAAGAUUGCGUGGAGAGGAUGAAAACGAACAGAUUCGGAAGGAAAUCGAUAUAGUGAUCAGAGAAAGAGUCUCUAAACUAGCGGAAGAGUUAUCACUUAAACCAGAGACAAAGACCCGGCUGGAGCAAAAGCUUUUGCAGAUGGAACAUCGUACGUAUCUAUGGCUCUAUCUUGCUAUUAGUCAUGUCUAUGAAACGUACAGAAAUAGUCUACGACCGGACUAUGAAUCAAUCGAGUCACUUCCGUCUUCUGUUGAGGCCGCGUACGAAAAGAUCUUGGAGAAAGUCAUCUCAAGGAUGAGAGACACAGUGAAAACGAUCCUGCGAAUUGUGGUCGGUGCGCGCCGUCCGCUGACCACCGGUGAGAUGGCUUUAGCUCUUGAUGUGGCCACAUCGCCACAUCUUAAAUCAGCAGCCGAAUUUUCAAUUAACAAGGAGCAUCUUGAGCGGAAUAUCCGCGAUUGGUGUGGAUUGUUCAUAUUCAUUAACCACUCUAAGAUCUAUCUUAUCCAUCAGACGGCGAGGGAGUUUCUGAUUUGCGAGAACGGUGCUAUUAGAACUAGGUGGAAACACUGUUUCAAUGUUGCUGAUACUGAAAUGCAAAUGAGCCGAAUAUGUGUCCGAUUCCUUCUAUUGAAAUACCUGAAGAUGAAAGUCUCGUAUGAACUCAUUACAGGUGAUCAAUGGGGUCUUCGCACUAAGAUACUGAAUAAGAGCAACAAAAACGUUAUAGAAGAUUUCCUAUUGUACUCAGCUGAACAUUGGCCAGACCAUCUACGAAGAUCAGAAAUUGGAGAGAAUGAUUCCCUUAUGACUGAAGUGCAUCAUUUGUAUGACACAAUCAGUGAACGGUUUCCCCUGUGGUUUCGAUUAUUUUGGUUCACUACAGAACUUUACCAAGAUCCACCAGACAUGAACGAGCUCCAACUAGCGGCGUUCAAUGGGCAUGACAAAGUAAUGAGAACGAUUUUAGUUGAUGAAGAUGUUGAUAUUAAUAGGACUGACCGAGACGGCAACACGGCAUUGAUGUGGGCAUUACUCAAAGGUCACGAGAAGAUGGUGCAGAUGGUGCAGAUGCUGCUGGAAAAGGGCGCCGAGGUCAAUGCUCAAGGUGGGAAGUAUGGCAACGCACUGCAGGCGGCAUCAAAUAGAGGUCACGAGAAGGUGGUGCAGAUGCUGCUAGACAAGGGCGCCGAGGUCAAUGCUCAAGGUGGAUACUAUGGCAACGCACUGUACGAGGCAUCAAACGGAGGUCAUGAGAAGGUGGUAAGGAUACUGCUGGACCUGGGCGCCAAAGUCAAUGCUCAAGGUGGAUACUAUGGCAACGCACUGCAGGCGGCAGCGUGGGGAGGUUACGAGAAGGUGAUGCAGAUGCUGCUAGACAAGGGCGCCAAGGUCAAUGUUCAAGGUGGACACUAUGGCAACGCACUGCAGGCGGCAUCGUGGGGAGGUCACGAGAAGGUGGUGCAGAUGCUGCUAGACCUGGGCGCUAAAGUCAAUGCUCAAGGUGGAUACUAUGGCAACGCACUGCAGGCGCGGCAUCGAAUGGAGGUCACGAGAAGGUGGUAA